GACACAUUGGGCGCUGUUCAGUAGAGGAAGAAAGGGCAGACAACACCUUCGAUAAAGGUAAAGCAUGGCAAUGACGGGCCAGAGCUCAUGCUCCUCCAUGAGUAACCACACCAAGGAACGGGUCACUAUGGCCAAGGUGACCUUGGAGAACUUCUACAGCAACCUCAUUGCCCAGCACGAAGAGCGAGAGAUGAGGCAACAGAAACUGGAGAAAGUGAUGGAUCAAGAAGGCCUGGCUGAUGAAGAGAAACGCAUUCGCCGUUCUCAGCACGCCAGGAAAGAAACUGAAUUUCUUCGCCUGAAGCGGACCCGACUCGGUCUGGAAGACUUUGAGUCGCUGAAGGUGAUCGGCCGUGGAGCUUUUGGAGAGGUGCGUCUGGUACAGAAGAAGGACACGGGCCAUGUCUACGCCAUGAAGAUCCUUCGCAAAGCUGACAUGCUGGAAAAAGAACAGGUGGGUCACAUACGUGCUGAGCGGGACAUCCUGGUGGAGGCAGACAGCCUGUGGGUGGUCAAGAUGUUCUACAGCUUCCAGGACAAGAUGAACCUCUACCUCAUCAUGGAGUUUCUGCCAGGGGGGGACAUGAUGACCCUCUUGAUGAAGAAGGACACUCUGACAGAGGAGGCCACUCAGUUCUACAUCGCAGAGACGGUCCUGGCCAUCGAUUCCAUCCACCAGCUGGGCUUCAUCCACAGAGACAUCAAGCCAGACAACCUCCUGCUGGACUCCAGGGGUCAUGUGAAGCUGUCUGACUUUGGAUUGUGCACGGGACUUAAGAGAGCACACCGGACAGAAUUCUACAAGAACCUGAACCAUAGCUUGCCCAGUGACCUCAGUAAGCAAACUUUUCAGAACAUGAACUCCAAGAGGAAAGCAGAGACCUGGAAGAGAAACAGGAGGCAGCUGGCGUUCUCCACUGUGGGAACACCAGACUACAUCGCCCCUGAGGUUUUCUUGCAGAACGGAUACAACAAGCUGUGUGAUUGGUGGAGCCUGGGUGUCAUCAUGUAUGAGAUGCUCAUUGGCUAUCCGCCAUUCUGCUCGGAGACGCCUCAAGAGACGUACAGGAAAGUCAUGAACUGGCGGGAGACGCUCACAUUCCCUCCAGAAGUGCCUAUUUCAGAGAAGGCCAAAGACCUCAUCCUCAGGUUCUGCUGUGAAGAGGAACACAGGACAGGUGCUGUUGGUGUGGAGGAAAUCAAGUCCAAUCCAUUCUUUGAGGGUGUAGACUAUGACCAUAUCAGAGAGAGACCUGCAGCCAUCCCCAUUGAGAUCAAAAGCAUCGAUGACACGUCAAACUUUGACGAAUUCCCAGAUUCGGAUAUCCUCACACCAACAGCCACUCAGGUGUCCAACCACUCAGACGCCGACCUGAAGAAUAAGGACUGGGUGUUCAUCAACUACACCUACAAGCGCUUUGAAGGCCUCACCGCUCGGGGAGCGAUACCAUCCUACAUGAAGUCCACCAAGAGAUGAAGCUGCAGGCCACAAACAAGUCCUUGCCUAAACCCUUGUCCGAGGACGGACAAGCUGAUCUCUCCCACUGGGGACGUGGGGGUGAUUGCUUUCCACAAUAGGAUCUGCUGCCUUCAUUUCUCUCCAUCUUCACUUUGAUGCCUCCAGGGCCACCCUCCUGCUUUAUGCUCACGCACACGAGACUGAACUCGGACUCUUUUACACCAGUGGAAGUGGCAAAUGGGGAAAUAUAUAUAUUUUUUUAAAACUCUGAUACCAGCAUCGUCACAUUCCCUCUUUCUAAGCCAGCACUGUUCUUCUUCUUUGAACCCCCCCCCACUUCUUCACUCACAGGUUGUACACAUUGGGUAGGCACUUGACGGGAAUCAAGUGCUCUUCAGGGAUUUUUUCCAAAUGUUUGGAAUGGUGUCCAACCAAAGACUGGAUCAAGAACCACCCCCCAUGUAAUAACUUCCAGUGGUGGUUGCAUACUAAUCUUGCGUGAUGACAAGAGGGAAUUGAGUAAAGUAACAUUGCAAUAUGGUUACAUACAUCCGCCAUGGGCUGCCUUUAGCACCUUAUGUGAUGUUAGUCAGGCCAUCGUCUUCAUUUGGGGGUUUUUGGCCUACAGUUCGCACCAAAGGAAUCAAGGUCAUGCAUGGAGGCAGAUUAACCCAACUGUCCUAAGUAGUCCCAUCAGGUGACGGGAGCGCGCAUGUGAUUUAUUUUAAUUUUUUUUUAAGGAAUGGAAUCAACACACAGUGCAACUGCUUACCCUUGAUACUAGUUUGCAUCCACUUAGAUGACUGAAGCUGUCCUUUGUCCACAAUAUCCAACAUGCUGUCUUUUUUUUAAAUGAAUGUAAAGCAAGUUUUAAGGUGUAGCUUUUUGUUUUUUUGGCUCCAAUAAUUCCAAAUGCUGAUUGUCUGAAUGUACAAAAUACAACGAUGUAAGCCUGUUUGCUCCAUAGCAGCUUUGACAUGGAUGGAUGACACAGUAUGCAUUGUAAUGACAGUGCAUCACACAAGUUCACUAUUUGAAGUUUUUCUUUUUAAUAUCAGUGAUUUAAUUAAAUAUCUUGUAGAAGAUAUGCAAAAUUGAGCGCAUGGCCACACAGUCAGGAGACCUGGAAUAUAUGGGUUUGAAUCUCCGUUUGGGCAUCUGUGUGUGCAGUUUGCAUGUUCUCCCCGUGCGUGUGUGGGUUUUCUCCGGGUACGGGUAUGUGGUAUUCCUCCCACAUUCCAAAAACAUGCAUGUUAGGUUAAUUGGCGACUCUAAAUUGUCCAUAGGUAUGAAUGUGAGUGGUUGUUUGUCUAUAUGUGCCCUGCCAUUGGCUGGCGACCAGUCCAGGGUGUACCCCGCCUCUCGCGCGAAGUCAGCUGGGAUAGGCUCAGGCAUACCCCCACCACCCUAGUGAGGACAAGCGGCAUAGAAAAUGAAUGGAUGAAUAUAGAAUAUGCAUGGAUGGAUAUGCAAAGAGGUGUAAUCAAAGCAAUGCCAUUGCGCCACUUUUAACACCUAGCUUUUCCUUUUGAAUGACGACUAAAGGUCAAAUGAGUCCACUUCGAUGUUAACAUUAGUUUCACAUUGCCUUUUUACAUGAACCAUGCUACAUGUAAUCUUUUUUUAUGAGGACAAAUGAACUUCCAUAUACAGUCGUUGUAUGAAGGUUGUCUAUAAUUAAGACUUUGUAUGAUGAAGUUGAGUACGUUUUUUAAGUGAUCUGUUAGGGGAGUGAUUGUGCUUAGUCGCCUUAAAAAGCAAUAUACUUGUAGUGUCCAUGUUGGAAUGACAAGAUCUGUGUUACAAAUGUGUGUAUGUUUGCUUCUGUCAUCUAGACGUGUGAGGUGCGGGGGAUUUGGGACAGUGGGAUGUACAUUAUUUUUUAUUUAAACCACUUCUCUUUUCACAGUGUGA